AUGGCGGGAUACGACGAUCCUCCCCCCUUUAGAGACGGAAGCAGCGCACGAUCAGGCAGCACGGAUCCACACACCGAUCUGUACGCGCUAUUGCACGUCUCGCGCGAUGCUUCAGACGAUGAUCUGAAACGCGCGUAUCGGCAGCUCGCGUCAGUGUACCACCCUGACAAGUAUCCCUUCCCGCAGAUGCAAGAUGUCGCAAAGGACCACUUUCAGCGGAUUCGAUCCGCGUACGAGGUGCUUUCUGACCCAGCCAAGCGACAGGUGUACGAUCUGUACGGCAUAGAGGGCGUGCUGUCAGGCAUGGAGUUGGGCCCUCACCUGCGCACGAGGCAGGAGAUACGAGAGGAGUGGGAGCGGGCGCAGAGGAGGAGAGAGGAGCUCAAGGCGGCUAUGCGCACUCAGCACUCCUCCUCCAUGCUUCUCUCUGUCACCGCUGCAGAUGCUAUUGCUUCAGGAUUUGAGCGCUUUCCUAGAAUCACUGGCAUGCAGAUGUCGACGCAGGUGCAGGCGGCGCUAUCAGAUAAAGACACGCUGGUUCUUGGGGGCUCCAUGCUUAUGAGGCGCGUGGCGGGGGGAGGGUCCAUGGUGGCAGUGUUUCGCCGGCAGAUGGACGCGUACCAGACAUGCGAGGUGGUGGCCGUGGUGGGGAUCCGCACCCAGCUCACUCUCUCUACUGCCAGACAAGUGUCGCCGUCCACCAAGGCGACAGCAGGGGUGACGUGGCAUGCUGACGAUGGCUCGCUGUCAUUGGCCAAUUCAUGGACAUCCCAAAUCACCGAAUCCACUGCUGCGUCGAUCAACAUUGGGCUGGGAGCGGAUGGUGGUGCAGGCGUGGGCUGGCACACACGGAAGGACAAAAACUCAUUCAAUGCAGAGAUGAAAGUGGGAGCAGGGCUGUCUUCUGGGGGCCUCACAGCCACUUUCGUGAGAAGGUUCUCGGAACAUUCGUCGGGGAGAAUACAUGGCAGGCUGGGAACCACGGGAGCAGACGUUGAGGUGGGGGGCAGCAGGAAGAUAUCAGACAACAGUUCCCUGGGCUUCUUUGUUACCAUGGGCCUGCAGGGCACACUAUGGAAGGUCCGGUACUCUCGAGGCGGUCAGAAGGUCACUGUGCCAAUUCUUCUCUCGCCCACUCUACGACCAGCCAUCAGCAUGCCAGCCAUUCUUAUACCCUCUGUCACAUACGCUGUGCUCAAGCAUUGGGUGUUCAGCCGAUGGAAGCAGAUCCGAGAGGCUCGGCAGGACCGGGAGGUUCGGCAGAAGACAGCGAAGCAGGUCUGGGAGUCCAUGGCGGAGGCUCGGCAGCUUCAGGACAUGAUGGCUCCGGUGGUAACCAGACGGGUCAACGCGUUACAACAACGACCCAACGGCAAUGCUCUUAUCAUCUUAUCGGCAAAAUAUGGACGGCUGGGAGGAGUGGAGGGGAAAGGGGAGGGGGAGAACCGGAAUGAUAGCAACAGGGGUAGUAGUGGUGCUGGUGGUGGUGGUGAUAGUGGUGGUGGUGACAGCGGCAGUAGCGGAAGGGAAAAGGAGGGCCCAGUUACAAGAAUAGGUUCGAUGCUUAGAGGACUUAGAGGAUUGUUCACUAUUGGUCUCGCAGGAAGAGGAGGAGGGGAGGAGGGAGUGGGCGGAAGGGAAGAGGAGGACGAGGAUGAGUGGGAGGAGGAGGAAGGGGAGGGGGGAGCGGACAGGGUAGUGUUGCCUCCUGCAGUGUGGGACGUUCGCAUUCCUCUGCAAUUCCUGGUGGACGAUGCGAGCAACACGUUGCAGUUGCAUGAGGGUGUGAGCAAGAAGGGCAUCAUGGGCUUCUGUGAUCCCGCGCCUGGUCUGCCCAAGAAGCUAAGAGUGCGAUACUCGUACAGGGGGGAGGAGAGGGAGGUUAUUGUGAAUGACCUGGAGGCUCUCUCACUGCCCCUACCCUCAAGAGCAUCUUGCGGGAUUAUAAGGUGUCACCAUAGAAGGGCUUACGAGUUCUGCAGCUCUUGGUUAUUCCCUUGCGUCGCUCGCGUCCCCACCCCCGUGGCAGUGCGCCGCUUGUCCUCCUGUCGCUUGUCCUUUCGCACAAUUUCGCAUCUCCCGCAUGGCUCGCUCUCUUUGCGCCGCAACGGCGACGAGAGUCGCGUGCUGAUUGGUCUGCGAGCCCGUGUCGACGACGCGCGACGGAAACAGCACGUCGCGAGGCUUUCCCUCUCACGUGAAACCGCGUCGUUAUCUGGCGAUAACGAGUCUGUUCUUAACGAGGAUACUGGCGACGAGGAGGAUCUUUUCGACCCGUUCGCUCCGACUGACUUAGCCGACGACGAUCGCAUGUCCCUUGCUGAGAGCAUGCGUGAGCUGGACGAUCAGCUUUCACGCCGACCGUUGGAUCUAGAUCCGGCGGGCUACUUUAUAAUCUACGUGGACAGGGAGCAGCAGUGCCUAGUCGCUCAGCACUUUGGCAACCUGAUCGACAGUAAAGGCCGCGCGUGCGACCCUGUAACGGGGAAACCCAUUCCCUGCGAUGGCUCCUACAAGCCCACUCCCCUGCGCGUGUAUCGGGGUAGGACAGCAAAGGAGGUCAGUGUGAUGAUCCUAGAGCAGUACUUUAGACUUGGGGAGAAAAGCAGGGGAACAGCAGAGAGGAAAAGCAAGGAGAAUGCAGGGAUACAAGCAGGGUCAGAGACAGCAGGAGCAUCGGCAGCAGCGUCAGUGACAACUGCUGAAGGGGUUUCCGCUUCGAUAUUGUCACAAAUGCCGCCUGUCACAAUGCUGAACCAUGCGAAUUACCUGGGAAGGGAACUGCAGCGGGCAGAGGCAGCGUUGCUCAAUGGCACAGAGUACAUUCAAGACUAG